AUGUUUCUAAUGGAGACCAAAAACCAAGAUGAUUAUGUGUUCCCUGUUUUUCGCAAUUUGGGUUUUGAUAACCACUUUUCUGUACCCCCGGAAGGAUCCAGCGGUGGCUUAGCCAUUGGUUGGUCCUCUGAGGUCCAUCUGGAAGUUCUUUCGGCUAAUAAAAACUUUAUUGACACCAAAAUCUGCUUCAAAUCUGAGUCCUCUUACAUCAAAAUCUGCUUUAUUGACAGAGCGGAUGUUUGGGAUCUUGUAUCCACCUUUGGCUUGUCACGUGACAAUGCUUGGCUUCUAACCGGGGAUUUCAACGAAAUUCAGGACAACUCAGAGAAGAAAGGAGGCCCCCAAAGGAGUGAAGGCACUUUCAUUCCGUUCCGAAGCUUCAUCUCUCAGAAUGGCCUCUGGAAUGUUCCACACUCAGGAAACUGCUUCUCCUGGCGAGGUCAACGACACUCUCACUUCGUCCACUCUCAUCUCGAUAGGGCGUUAUCUAAUUGUACCUGGUCCGAGACAUUCCCCUCAGGACAUAGCCAUUAUCUUCGUUUUGAGGAAUCAGACCACCGACCCCUCUGCACCACCUUUGAUACGACGAAAAGGAAAGGCAAAGGCAUUUUCCGGUUCGACAGGAGGCUCCGCAAAAACCCUGAGAUGAUCCCACUUAUUGAAGAAGCAUGGACAACUUCUUCCUCCUCACCUAUCUACGUCAAGUCGGGAGAGUGUCGCCGGAGCAUUAUCCUCUGGACUAGGGAGCAAAACGAGAUCAAGACCAGACUUAUGAAGGAGAACCAGGAGGCCCUCGACUUAGCGCUCUCUGCUCUAAUCCCGGAUCUGACCCUCAUUGGCGAUAAGAACACGGGUUUCUUCCACGCAGACACUAGAGGCCGACGAGCCCAAAACAACCUCACCGUCUUAGAGGAUGAUACGGGAGUUGCGCACCAUGAUGACUCCCUAAUUGGGAAGGCCAUCUCUGAUUACUAUCAACUCCUCUUCACGUCGGAAGUCCGGCCUUCCUCCACUAUAGUCGAAGAGGCUCUCCAAGCCAGAAUUACUCCUCAAAUGAACACAACUCUCACAAGGAUCCCAUAUGACGCAGAGAUCAAAGCAGCGGUCUUCGCUAUUCACCCGGAUAAAGCACCGGGACCUGACGGCUUCUCCGCAGGGUUCUAUCAUACCUUUUGGGACAUCAUUUGUCCAGACGUCUACCGAGAUAUUCGGUCCUUCUUCACCCAACAGUCACUACAUACCAGAUACAACGAGACACACAUCCGUCUAAUCCCGAAGAGCCCUACAGCGAAGAAGGUAGCUGACUUUAGACCCAUAGCCCUGUAUAGUAUCCACUACAAGAUCAUAGCUAAGCUGCUCACUAAGCGGCUUCAACCCCUUCUCCGAUCCCUUAUCUCCAAGCACCAGUCGGCUUUGUCCCGGAGCGUGCGAUAG